UUGCAGGGCUCGGGCGGCGGGUGCGGCGCCAAACGGCGCGCCGGCUCCCCGUGCGAGGCCGGCGGUAAAGUCGCGCGCUGGGAGGACUCCAUAGCUCGGCUGGAGGCGGUGGCCGCGGGCGCGGGCGGCGGGGAGUGUUGGCGGGCCGAGGACGAGGAGAGGCGGGCCUGUCGCCGGCGGUGGUGCGGCGGCUGGUGCGGCGCUCACGACACCAUCCGCGCGGAGAACGGGAAGUCCUACCUCGAGCUGGGGGGAGCCGCCGCCCGCGCCUGCUGCGACGGACGAGCCGCCGGACGCUGCGCCUCCAGGCGCUGCUACCGAGAGAGACGGCUCAAGAUGAUGAACCUGUGCGCGCUCAAGCUCGCGCGCUUCAGACAGACCGCGGACCCUUCGCUGCGGCGGUCCGUGCUGGUGUGCAACACGCUCAGGGGCAUCGAGAGGGAGAUGGAGCGGGAGAGCGCCGAGGAGACGCCCGCGCCGCAGGAGGCCAGCGGGCCCGCGCUGGGGCUGGGCGGGGCGGCGCGCUGCGAGCUGCUGGGCGCCCGGGAGCCGGCCGCGGGCCGCGCCACACCCUUCCCCGCGCCCGCCGCGCCCGACCGGGACUCCGGCUACGGCGACGAGGAGCAGCGCACCAUCGACUGGGGCUCCGUGCUGAGCCUGUCGUCGCGCUCGGCGCUCGACCCGCCCGAGGACGCGUGGCCCGACGACUGGGGCUGGAGCGAGGACAGCUUCGUGCGGCUGCUGGUGCCCACGAGUUAG